CAAAUCGCCCUGUUUUAUACGUGACCGCCCUUCGCUAAUCGCAUUAUCUCGCGCGAGACUUCCUGAAGUGGCGCUGUAAUGACAUAAUUUCUGCAUACAAACUUCCUAAACUCGUGCGAAAGCCCCGCAGUUUAGUUUAUUUGUCAAACAAAUGAAAAUGAUCGAGACACGGUUUACAUGGGGGGGAAAAGGACACGGCUAACUAUCACUCCAAGCUAACAAUCUCUAUGCGUGUUGAGUUUUGGACAAGAACAAACUAAUUGUUCAAUUUGAGAGUCGACAUUUUUGUGUUUUUUUUCUGGUGAGCCUGUUUUUCUCAUGGCAACGCUAGCCGGUCUUGAACAGUCUCUGCGACAGUCUGCCCGACGCGGACGAGAGGUUCUGGAGCGGGCCUCCAGGCGGAAGGUGGACUGGGCCGAGCUGCCGUACACAUAUACUCCUGUGGCAGAUGACGACAGGGCCGUAUACAGCAAAAAAACAAUGGAGGAACUUCAGGAGGCCUUUUCCACCAUCACUGAAUUCAUGGCGGAGACUCACAUUCAUUGCAAAAGGUUCUACGACUCGGUAGGAUGUUCUCAAGGUUCCAACAUCGAGAAGAAACAUGUGCCUCGCUACCAUAAACACAUCGGGGCAACCAAGAUUGGGUCCUCAUCUCAAUUUGGGCAACAUGGUCGGAGUCGAGGUCAAGGUCCACCAGACGACUUCUACAUGGAGGUGGCUCCCGGAUUGUACACCAUCAGCGCCAGCCGGCCUGGCUCACAGGAGCAAACCCAGAUGAUCGACCUUGAUCCUGGGGAUACUAAACAUGAAGUCAGUGGAACCGAGAGCUGUGAUAGAGAGAAGCAGGGAGUGGCCGGUACAGAGAGCUGUGAUUGGGCGAAGAAACAGGAAGUUAGUUGAACCCAGAGCUGCAAUUUGAAGAAGCAGGAAGAAUGUGGAACUGAAACCCGAUUUGUCAAGAAAGCAGGAAGCGAGCACAACCGAGAGUUAUUGGAUUAAUUAGCUGGAACCGCUUUAAAUAGCACAGCCACUUAACUAUAUAUUUAUAUUGCACUUAAUUGAACGGUGUACAUUGAAACUAACAUUUAUUUUGUGAAUGCAAACACUUUGCUUUUCUUCUUUCUACCCACAAUCUUGCUGCUGUAGACUGUGAAUUUCCCCAGUGUGGGACAAAUAAAGGAUAUCUU